UGUCGGCUAGCAAGGUAAACAAAAAAGACUUACCUAUAAAUUAAACAAAACAAAGUUUGAAUGAAACAAAAAGCUAAAAGAAAUUAAAUCACACAUUUGGAUGUAAAUAAUAACAUAUUUAAUUUUAUGUUAUAAUGAAACCGGUACCGGGUAUGCCAGAUAUUUAUGCUGGUAUUCGGUGUGUUAGUAUUUUAGCUGUGAUAACUACAGUUUUGCAGUUUUUAUCUGGAACAUUAGUAUGCAAGCAAUAUGUUAAGAAUCAAACUACUGGCGAAUCAUCACCACUGCCAUUUUUAUGUGGUAUGCUGAGCUGUGGAUUAUGGCUGUUGUAUGGUUUAACUAUAAAUGAUGACACUAUCACACUGGUCAAUACAAUUGGUAUUAUAUUAAUGACAUCAUAUACUAUCAUAUUUUACAUUUACACAUUAAAUAAAUCAUCAUUGAUUAAGCAAAUCGGAUUAAUUGGUGGAAUACUUAUAUUGAUGACUCAUUAUGUGUCUUCAGAAAUAAACACUGAUAAGCUAAUUCAAAGAUUAGGUCUCCUGGCUUGCUCUCUAACAUUGCUGACCAUUGUGUCACCUAUGAAUAAACUGUUUUAUGUUAUGAAAGUGAAAAGCACUGAAUGUUUGCCAUUUCCAAUGAUUUUAAUGUCUUUUUUUGUAUCUUUAUUAUGGUGCAUUUAUGGCUUGUUAAUAGUGGAUCCAUAUUUAACAUUACCAAAUGCCAUUGGAGCUGUCUUGGCCAUUUUGCAACUGUCACUCUUUCUUUUUUAUCCAAGAGUACCAUCAUCGCCAAGUAUUAAAAGUAUUAUUGCUUAAUUUGUUAGCUUAUUGCUAUUUAAUUUGAAUCUCGUUAUUUAACACCAUAGAUAGUAUUUAAUAUAGUAUAUUAAUUUAUUUUUACAAUGUGAAUUUUCA